UUUGGUUCAUACUGCAGAGGCACGGAGCCUGACACUGCUUUAGGAAGUUUCUAAAGUGUCAUGGGAUUUCUAACUGCAAGCACUGGUUUAGCUCCCUGGUUGUUAACCCCUUUCAUACCCUGGUGAGAACAUCAGUCUUACCAUUUACAGCAGUGAGCAGGGCUUCUUUUUGACCUUGGUGGGCUGAGGGCAGAGCACGGCACGAAUGGCCUCAUCGAACACAGUCUUCAGACCACGCUGGGUCAAAGCCGAACACUCCAGAUCCAGCUUGGUGCCCACCAGGAUUAUGGGUGUGGAGGGGCAGUGGUGGCGAACCUCUGGGUACCACUGGUAGACAACAGUUUCCUCAGAUUUUACAGCAGAUGAGAAGAUGGAGAUCGAGACCAUUAAGACUUAUAAAAAAGACCUUCUGGAUGAUAUCCAGAAGUUAAAGAUGGAGAUUGACAACGUGAUGGCGGAAAUACUCAGCUUUGAGUCUGCAGAAGAAAACAAGACAUUGGAGAAGAGCAAACAGUUCUCAAAUGGCAAGAAGAAAUUCAACAUGGACCCCAAAAUGGGUAUCAAUUACUUGGUGAUGAACAAACUGCUGGAUGGAAGUGCUCAGUCCAUUGCUGAGUUCCUCUACAAGGAGGAAGGACUCAACAAGACAGCCAUCGGAGAAUUCCUUGGAGAAAGGGAGGAGCUCCACCUCCAGACCCUGAAGGCCUUUGUGGAUCUUCACGAGUUCUCCGACCUCAACCUGGUCCAGGCCCUCAGACAGUUUCUGUGGAGUUUCCGCCUGCCUGGUGAAGCCCAGAAGAUUGACCGCAUGAUGGAGGCGUUCGCCACACGCUACUGUGACUGCAACACUCAUGUCUUCCAGUCGACCGACACGUGUUACAUCUUGUCUUUCGCCAUCAUCAUGUUGAACACCAGCCUCCACAACCCUAAUGUGAAGGACAAGACCACACUGGAGCGCUUCAUCUCCAUGAACAGAGGCAUCAACAAUGGAGAGGAUCUGCCCAAUGACCUGCUUUCAAAACUGUACGAGAGCAUUCGCAAUGAGCCUUUCAAAAUCCCAGAAGAUGAUGGGAAUGAUCUGACUCACACCUUCUUCAACCCUGACAGAGAAGGCUGGCUCCAAAAACUUGGAGGCCGAGUGAAGACGUGGAAAAGACGAUGGUUCAUUCUUACUGACAACUGCCUCUAUUACUUUGAGUUCACAACUGAUAAAGAGCCCAGAGGCAUCAUCCCUCUAGAGAAUCUUUGUGUAAGAGAAGUACCGUAUUCUCGCAAACCAUACUGUCUGGAGCUGUACAACCCCAACAGUCGAGGACAAAAAAUCAAAGCUUGUAAAACAGAGACGGAUGGUAGAGUGGUGGAGGGGAAACAUCAGUCCUAUACUAUCUGCGCCGCCAGCGCCGAAGAGCGAGACUCCUGGAUUGAGGCCAUCAGAGCAAGUAUCACCAAAGAUCCAUUUUACGACUUGGUCUCAGUCCGUAAGAAGAAGGUGAUAAACCAAGCGCCUCAGGACUGAAAUGUCCCCCUAUGGACAUUUACGGUACUGCACCACAGUAGGGCUCUGUCCCACCCAUCAGCUGUAUUCAACACUGCAAAACAACUGAGUGAGGACACUGGAGGCUAGACAGAAAGUCACUGCCCGUGGCCAUUUAGGCUAAAAGAGGGACUUCUCUUUCCACUUCUCAUUUUACAGACUGAGAUAAACUGUGUCAAAGGUGAAAACUCUUUUCUGUUGCCCUUUUUGGCAACUUGACAAACCAGAGAACAUUUGACAAGAUGAUGUUAGUGAAAACUUUGUUGGUACAUGUGGAUUUAGUAUUUUUCUCUUUACGUCAUUUUAAAAUAGGUGGCUGUGCAUUUACUGCACUUUUUAUAUCUCCUUCCAUGAGAAGAUUGUUGCUUUUUGCUUAAUGCCUAUCUGCUCCCCAAGAUUUAGUUUCUAGGAUCAGGAAGACAAAUCACAUGAGUGAUGUUUCAGCCAUUUCAUGGAUACUAUAAAAAGUCAAGAGGCACUCUUUGUCAGCUUCUGGACAGUCCUCACACAGCUUAGAAAUGGCCACUUCCAAUUAAAGUAACAGCAAACAGGUUUGUUUCUGUCCACUGGGCCAUUUUGAGUUUAUUUCAAAAGCAAUGUUAAGUUGGGUGUCAUCUGAAGAUGUAUACUUCAGUUACGACCUGAUAUAUUUCCAAGCAUUUUUGGAACUUACUUUUCUUCAGUUGUACAUGUUUGGAUACUUUAUAGCGUUACAUAGAGUAGUUACUUUGAAAUGCAGAAGCCUGCACAGUGCAAUAUGUUUGAUUCUAAAUGCAGUGUGUGCACUGUAAUACUGGAAAGAAGCUGUAUAUAAUGUCUUACUGUAACUAUUCUAUACCGUGCAUGACAAUGAAUCUCAUUGUAAGCAGUGUUUGUGUUAUGUUGUGAAAUAAUUAUUUAAUAAAAACUAUU